AUGAUAGCCAACAUGAAGGACGAUACGGCUACGUUAGCAAGUGUUGGUGUUCAUACUAAUUCAGUGGUGACGUUAAGUGGGGAGAAAGCGGAUGAAUCCGUCGUGAAGCAACAAACGGCAUCGGGCAAUCCUGAAGAAUAUGCUUUGAUACAAAAGAUUCAUCAAAUUGUGAGCCGACUCAGUUCUACGUUAGAGAAAGAAAUAGACGAAUUUGAUGAGCAAAUAAAUGCGUAUGCCAACAAUGAUGAUACCAUGACGCUAGAUGCAGAAGAAGACGCCAAACAAAGGAAAAAAUGGCAAGAGAAAGGCAUUUAUCUAUCAGAAACCAUUAUGCAAGCCCUGAUAAAACUAGAUUGCGUAGAAUGUCCUUUUGAUUUUGAAACGGCUCGACAAAAGAGAAGAGAAGGUGUCAAGUUAUCACAAAGACUAUUAGAACGAGUAGAUCAAUCAAGAGCAAGACUAAAGGAUGUGUUGUCAGCUAAACCCAUUGUUCUUCAUGACGAGCGCAAAAGCAGUAAGAAAUCUACUGCUGCUGCUGCUGCUGCUGCUUCUCCAGCCAAAAAGAAGAAGAAGAGAAAUAAAAAAUAA